AUGGUGAACCGCGUGACAGCUGAAUUGUGCAAGUGCACCGCAUCAUUUGUAUCGCACAACGCUCGGCUGCUGAAACUUCUAUUAGCGAAAUUGCUGGCUGGUUUCAAGCUUGUAGUAUGCGUGAUUUCUUGUGGUGGUGAAAAUACAAGUCCAUCCUCUCACUGGGAUAAUCUAUACAAUGGACUUUUCAUACUAAGUUUGAAUAUUUAUUGCAUUGUAUGCGUCGUCUCCCAGUAUCAAGAGUACAAGGCUGGUAGAGGUACUGCAAUUGAUGACCUCCGGAAUUGCAGGACACCUCCGGUGAAGUACCUGGCGAAAUCGGGAUCCGUAGCGACGGUGGCGCUGACGGGACGACGUGCGGGAACGGCGGGAGGCCGCAACUGCGACGUCGACGAGGAGAUGAGUCCCCAAGGCGAGUCCACCGAGAAGACGGAGGAGGUGCCUAGUGUGCCAGGUGCGCCCAAACUGGGCGGAAACAAGAAGCAGGUCAAGUUCGGCGAUAACGAGGAGUUCCACAUACAGUACAGCAUCAUAUCUAAAGGAGAGCACUCAGAUGGCAACGGUGCAGCCAUUAUAGCGGGAGUGGACAGUGAACCCCUGAUACAGAAACGGGAUGACUCCAACUAGCGCCGACUGGCCGUCUCUUGCAGCACUGAGACAACUAUAAGUCAGCUAUAAGCCAACUAUAAGUCAGCUGAGAGGAAAACAACUCGCAAGUUAGUAGGAGACAAUUUCUGAAGAGACAGAAGGAUUUGGGAGAGUUUCUGAAGAGACGGUGAUGCCAUUAUAGAGGGAGUGGACAGUGAACCCCUGAUACAGAAACGGGAUGACUCCAACUAGCGCCGACUGGCCGUCUCUUGCAGCACUGAGACAACCUAUUAGUCAGCUAUAAGUCAGCUUAUAGUCAACUAUAAGUCAGCUAUAAGUCAGCUGUAAGAAUGACAACUAGCAAGUCAGUAGGAGUUCGGACAGUUUCUGAAGGCACAGAAGGAUUUGGGACAGUUACUGGAAAGACAGAAGGAGUUAGGAGAGUUACUGGCAGGAUAGUAGAAGUUGGAACAGUUACUGGAAGGACAGUAGGAUUUGGGACAGUUACUGGAAGGACUGUAGGAGCUGGGAGAGUUACUGAAAGGACUGUAGGAAUUGAGCGGGUUAUUGGCGAGACAGUGGGUACUGAGACAGUUACUGGCAGGAUAGUAGGGGUUGGAACAGUUACUGGGAGGACAGUAGGAGUUGGAACAGUUACUGGGAGGACAGUAGGAUUUGGGACGGUUACUGGCAGGAUAUAAAUGAUGGAAUAAGGAGUUAACUAUCAGUAAGCUGUCAACUAGUAAGGCAGUAGUAGUGGGAACAAUAGCUAUCAAGGCAGUAAAAAUUAUGUAAAAGUAUAUUUUUAAAGUGUAUAAGUUUUGGACCAGUAACUGGCAGGACAGUAAAUUGCAUUACUGAGAAUGUUGGCUCAAUGUUGGCUGUAUUGGGACAGUAGAAGUGGGAACAAUUACUGAAAGGACAGCAUAUAAUGAACAUUAUUUUUUUACUGGCAGCACAGUGAAGUUGGAACAGUAAAUUCUGGUCAAAUCAGAGCAUGUUUUGACAGAAGAUACUUGGGUACUAUCUAUUUGGAAAGAUAUGUCACAGUAUCACAGUAGCCUAGCUCCUGGUAACUCUCAAGAGAGAUUGAGACAGUAGCUUUCAGCUAAAGUACUAUUGAAUAUGUUGAUAUAGUACGAUAUUAUCUAAUAUUUCUGAUAACUUCGGUAUUGAAGAUUGGAACAUUUUAGUAGUCCUGAUAAUGACAUAAAUCUAUCUUCUGUUCUUCUUCGAAAUCAUUUGACUUCAAUUUCCAAUACUAUAUCUACUAGAUUAGAUAGUGUUUUGACUUUGAUCUCACUCAAGUCAUAUAAUGAAUAUUGUAUAAUAAUUUGACUAAUUUGGUGCUACAAAAUAAAUUCAAGAUCCCUACAUAAUUUUUCCUUUUUCUGAGGGAUAAGUUUGUGAGCUUAAUGUGAUGUAUUGAAAUGAAAACUGUAAUAUCCAAUUAUUG